AAUCCGUGAAAUGAAUGUUAAAAUAUUUCAGAAAGAUGAGUUCUGACCUAGAAACCUCCUUCAGGGAGAAAACUAAAACUGAAAAUGUUUUCCUCUUCGUCCCGAAUAUUAUCGGGUAUGCCCGUAUAUUCCUUGCUUUGGUUUCCUUCUGGUAUAUGCCAACUAGCUGGUUCACCGCAGCAUUCUGCUACAUUUUGUCUGGACUCCUGGAUGCUCUAGACGGGCAUGCUGCUCGUCUUCUCAACCAAUGCUCGAAAUUCGGCGGCAUGCUUGACAUGCUUACUGACAGAUGUGCUACAAUGUGUCUGCUGACCACCCUGUCCGUAUUCUAUCCGUCGUGCAUGUUCCUGUUCCAGCUGAGCAUGGUUAUAGAUAUCUCCUGCCACUGGAUCCAUCUUCACACCAGCCUGCUAGAGGGCAAGGGAAGCCACAAGUUCAUGGACCCGACCGGUAACAAGUUCAUGUACAUGUACUACACUGACAGAAAAGUACUGUUCGCUAUGUGUGCAGGUAAUGAGAUGUUUUACGCCACCCUCUACCUCCUGCACUUCAGCGCUGGGUUCUGGUUCUAUCUACUCGCUCUGCUCGCAAUCAUCUCGUUUCCUGUAGCAGUUGCCAAGUCGGGGAUAGCUCUCCUCCAGGGCUACCUGGCUUGCAUGAACCUUGUUGCGGUGGACACUAAGGAGAGAGAAGAUAAAAAGAAGGAGGAGAAGAAGGAGUAAAGAUGAGGGAAGAAGAGAGAAGAAAAUUUUGACUACUAUCUUCUAAGAUAUCUCUGCUAAAUUAGACUAGUCAAUAACUUGAUUUUGUUGUGGAGGUGUAAAGCACAAUGGGUUAUCAUUUGUGUUAUUUUCUUUUCAUUUUUCCUUAUUAAUCGGAACUUUUUUAAAUCCAAAGUUUGAAAAUAUGUUUGAUUAUUUUUCUGUUUAUUCCAACUUUAAUAAGUAAUUAAGUUUUUGUUCCAAGUGAUCGUCCUAAUUAUGCUACACCUUUGCUUUAUUUACUUAACUAGUCACUCUCGAUCAUUAUAGAUUAUUGUCAUUAUUUUGAUCAUUAUUAACUGUUGUUCAUGUACUGUAUAUUGUAGAUUUUAUGCUAAGUAUUUAACCCCUGCUGAUAGAAAGGAUCAUUUGUUCAUAAUUUUGACAGAAGCUUUUUAAUUUAUAGACAAAUCAAUCAAACAAAAUAUUCUAUUCUUGUUUGUUAUUUCAAACGGUCAUGAUUGAAAAUUGUUUUAAUAGUUCUUGUUUGCAUUAUUUCAAUCUGGGCAUUAGACACAUUGAUUUGUGUUGUAAUUUGUAAUUAUAAUAUCCCAUAGUUGGAAAUUAAUGUUAAAUUUAUUUUAUAUUAUAAGAUAUUGGUACGGGCAUAACGUGUACCCCUCCCCACCCCCCCAAAAAAAUGAUAAAAUACAAUAGAAUUCUUCUUAUGCUUAUUGAUUAAUUAUAACCCCUACCUCAUGUGUUAAACAGUAUUAAAAAUCUAUUUUUUAAGUAUUGUGUUUUGUGCUUAAUUUUUUAAAAACAAGCAAUAGUUCGUUAAAUCUUACCGAUUUUUUGGAUUAGACUUUAUUAAAAAAGCACCAUUUUUGUUAA